AUGACUGAUUCUCUGAAGUUUGGCCCAGAAUGGCUACGCAAUUUAGCAGGAGAUGGUUGCACUGGUGGAGGUGGAGGAGGUGGAGGCAGUCUUACGACCCCCCGUUAUCAAUUGGCCGAGCAUAGGUAUGGUCGAGAAGAAAUGUUAGCUCUGUUCGAUCAUACCUCUAAAGCUCCAGAGCCAUUGACUAGUUGCGUAGGGCUGUACGUCCCAAAAACUCAGUUACCUUUGGCUCUAAUACAGAUGUCAGACGAUGAAACACGUUUGUGGAAUGGAGGGGUUUCAGCAAGCAUUGGUCGUGGUAGAGGUGGUAGUGUUGAUCGAGGACGAAUCCGCAGCGGAAGAGCAGGCUCUCACUUUCGCAGCGGUUUUGAAGAUGAUGGGCCCAGAAUUGAGACACAACCGUUUCUGGUGCGAACUAGAGCGUUUGAUAGGCCUCCGAUCGAACGGGGAUGGUCAGAUCGCAACGGGGCUAUGGAUUCGGUCGAGUGGAACGGAUCAAUUAGUCCGCGAAAAGAGUUGAGUCGCGGAUUAAGUGGUAGUUCUUUCAUGGAAAGUAAUUGGAGACGUCACCGCGUCGGAGAAGACGAGGAAGGUUGGCGUACAAACUCAAAGGGUGAAAAAUGGGUAAAAGGUAGCUGGCGUGAAGCUGAUAAAGAUCGAAGUGAAAGAAUGGAUGUAGAUGAGGACAAGAGAGGAGAACGGUGGGAUCACAAAGGUGGCAAUAGAGCUUUUGAUCCCCAUCCACCUCUAUUGCGCCGAAAUCGUUUGAACCAUCACGAUAACCACGACAAUCUACCAGAAUGGGCCAUUGAAAACCCAAGCGAAAGUGGAGGCAGCUUCGACUCGUCUGGGGCUUUCCAUGGCGUGUACUCAGACGAUGACGACGAUCACGCGGAAGGCCGAUUACACGACCGUAGGCGAGGCUCGCGAGUGCGCCGCGUCUCCGAGGGCAACGCGCCGCACUCCAAGACCAUUCCGGCCCCCAAGGGUCUCAGUCGGCCGGUAUCCUUCAAAUUGGAGCGUCCACUUAACGGUGAGCGGCCCAAGAGCCUGCACUCCGAAUCUAGGCCUGAUAUGUCGGAUAAGGAAUCCAGGCGUAGCUUGUCGCCGAUACGAUCACCGCCACCAUCCAGUCCAGUAUCGAGGAAAACUCCGGCCGAUACUACCAACAACAAAAGUGGUGGUGGCAAUGGUCAGGUAGCUGAAGUAAAGAAAAAAGAACGAGUUGCAAAACAGCAAGAGCAAACUCAAAAAGAUCCAUCUGUUGUUGCUCAAGCUCCUGCUUCGAAAGGCAAAUCGAAAGCUGAUGGUACUAAAAAGUCGGAGGACACCAAGGCAGAAAAGUCGAAGACUGAGCGCAACAAAGCAUCUGGUGUAAGGGAGGAGUCUACAAAAGUGCAAACGCCUAAGGAAAAACCUCCAAGCAUAGCGCAACCAAAACUUCCAUCUAUACACCAGCAGCAGCAGCAGCAGCAGCAACAUAUAGAGCAUAACAUUGCCACAAGUGUUGCUGCGAGCGUGAUCGAGUCACAAGUGGACGAGAAGCAAAAGUCGGUAGAGGCUGAUAAUCUGGACCGCAUGGAAGAGGAGGUGGCUAAACUCAUCGACCAUCAGGAUGAGAAACCACCUACCUCCGUAAUGUCGUCCUCGUCCAUAAUAGGUCAGCCAUCACUGGAUAAUUCGUCAUCGUCUCAAGCGAGUGUUGUGCAGGAGAAGUGGUUCUAUCGCGAUCCGCAGGGCGAGGUGCAGGGUCCGUUUUUCGCGAGCGAGAUGGCAGAGUGGCACAAACAGGGCUACUUCACGCCUAAUCUCUUUGUCAGACGAACCUGUGAUGAGCGGUACACGACUCUUGGUGAACUUAUAAAUCUGUGUGGUAGGGUGCCGUUUAAACCAGGCACCAAUUUCCCGCCGCUCAAGUUUUCCAAUAACAUUCAGUUGCAGGGAGUUCCUAGUUCAGUACCAGCCGGUCUGUCAAUAAAUAGUGGAUUGCCAAAGCCUAACCUGGAAGAUCCUUUGCUUCUAUAUCAAUAUCAACAGUAUCAGCUGCUGCAAAAUCAACAGUUGCUACUAAAACAGCUUCGGGCUACCGCAAUUAGUAAGUUGUCGCAAACGGACCAGUGGACGAGUCUCAACCCAGUUGAGCAGAACCAGCUAAUAUUGCAGUACAUGCGGCAAAUUGACCCAGACCUACCAAUAGCCGACCUUCCGCAAGCUCAGCCGCCUGUUGUGCCCAACACUUUUAUGCCAACCAUGCCUCAAGCUGCUUCUCAACCUUCCAAUUCGGUACUCCAGCUUUUCCCUCAACUUCAUCAGCAAGUGACAAAGACGCAAGCAGAUCAAACAUCACAUCCGCCUCCAAAUACGCAUCCAGUGGUCAGCGGCCAGCAGUUGUCAAGUCAGCCGAUUGAUCCGAUUCAGCAGCUGAUGCAACAAAUGAGUAUGCGAAAUUUACCGCCAAUGCCACAAGCAGCUAUGGCGCCAAGUCCUCCUCAGCCGCAACCCCAGUCACCUCCUCAGGAUGAUAAUCCAAUCAAGUCUUGGCUCAGACAGCUGGGUGUGAAUGCAAAUGGGCCACUACAGCAACAACAGCAUCCGCCACCACCGCAGCCUCAACCACCAAUCGAUUCUGUUUGGCACCACCAGCCACCGCCUCAUCUCACCUCUUUUAAUGCACAAACUUGGAUGUCUCAGGUACAAAAUUGGAAUCAGGUGGGUCCGAUUCAGCCAACGAUUCCACCUGGUCAAUUAACUGGAUCUCUGUGGGAUGUGCAUCCAAAAGAAAUGAAAACUGAGCAGCAAAUUCUUGUAAGUAAGAGGAAAAAAAAAAAAAAAAUAAAAAGUUUUACAAUACUACUUUGUUUGACUUAGGAGGAGCAAAAUUUGAAGAUGCAAGAAGAAAAGAAAAAAGAAGAACAGCGCAAGAAAGAAGAGAUGGAGCGACAUCAGGCUGAGGCGCAACGCUUGCAACGUCAGCAAGAAGAGGAACUCGCAAGAAUGAAAGCUGCCGAAGAAAUUGCCAAGCGUGAGGAAGCUGAGAGAAAGAAACAUGAGGAAGAGACGAGGAGGCGGGAGGAAGAAAUACGUCGGCAAGAAGAGGAGCAGCGAAAGCUCGAAGAAAAGCGACAAAAGGAGGAGGAGCGAAGGCGCGAGGAGAAGCGUAAGCACGAUGAAGAAAUGAAUAGGAAAAAGCAAGAAGAGGAAAAGAAAAAGAGAGAAGAACUAAAGAGGCAAGAGGAAAAGCUACGAAAGGAGGAAGAGAAGCGUAAAAAGUUUGAAGAGGAGCAGAGGCGACUAGAAGAGGAGAAGUUGAGAAAAGAAGAAGAGGCUCGUAGAAAAGCAGAAGCCGAGGAGCAAGCUAGAAAAGCUGAGCAGCGUAGACGCGAAGCAGAAGCACUCCGAAAGCUGCAAGAACGUAGUAAAGCUCCAUGGGCUCAAGCUCCACCUGCUCCUCCUCCAACUGCUCAGACUUCGCUUGCUGACAUUCAAAGGCUCGAAAGAGAGAAAAAGGCUGAGGAACUACGGCUCCAACAAAUACUGCAGCAACAGCAACUUGCUCAGCAAAAAAUCAUUGAAGCUCAAGAAGCCGCUUUAGCGGACUCUGCCAAGCGUUUGCAGUUUAAGUGGGCUGAGAAAGUCGUUCCUACGAACAAUAAUAGUAAUCAAGUGAAAAGCCUUUCUCAAAUUCAGCAGGAAGAGCAGGAGCGAAUUGCCAAAGCCAAGCAACAAGAGCGAGAAAAGCAAGAAAAGGAAAAGGCUAGUCAGAAAGAAAGUGCAGUGCCGGUACAAAACGUGAGCAUCUGGGGCACGGCCUCUCAAAGUCUUACUUGGUCAAGCACAGCAAACAUUUCUGGGUUUUGGGAUGAACCUCCUAAGGCAAAUGCUGCGGCUCAAGCAGCUGCCGCAAUGAAGGCAGCUCAACUACAGCAACAGCAGCAGUUGUGGCAACAACAGCAACUGCAGCAGCAACAACAACAACAACAACAACAACAACAGCUGCUGCUGCAGCAGCAACAACAGCAGCAGCAGCAGCAGCAGCAGCAACAACAGCAACAACAACAGCAACAACAGAAUGCAAAGGCAGGAAAAAAUAAGAAUGAGAAAGACAAAGUGGUGAAAAAUAUGUUUGAACGUAACACUGCCAAGACUGAUGAUUUCACCCAGUGGUGUACUAAAGUUUUAAGUGGUCUUCAAGUGGAAGUAGAUAUACCUACUUUCAUUACUUUCCUACGUGAUAUCGAAGCGGCGUACGAAGUUAAGGAGUAUGUUCGUAUGUACCUGGGUGAUGGGAAGCAAUGUGCUGAAUUUGCCAAACAAUUUUUAGAAAAAAGAAGCAAAUGGCGAUCGUCCCAGCGACCUCAGUCACAUGCGGAUGACUUAAAUAAGCCAGCUCCUGCUAUUAAUCCAAAUGCUUCUACAGAGUUUCAAGAAGUAAAGAGUAAAUCUAAGAAACCGAAGAAAGGAAGAAUGUACAAAGUAGAUAGCAAAAUGCUCGGUUUUAAUGUCAUGUCGGCUCCAGAUCGCAUAAAUGUUGGAGAUCGCGACUACGCAGAGGACGUGUAAAUGCUCGAGCUGAUUGGAUCUCAAGUGAUUAUUUCCGAGAAACCCUUCUUCAUAUUUUUAGUUCGUUUUUUCAGAGUCAUGUUUUAUUUAUUAUGCUCGUACCUGUUUACAGCAGGGUUUUAAGUUUCUCGACAAGGAUACUCCGCUCGCCAUUAAGAUUUUCUAUGAAAACUAUGUACGGAGGCUCCUAAAUCUAUUCUGGGAUUUAUGAUAACGUCGAGAAUUUAUGGAAUUAUAUCCUAUUUUUUUCACACAUCUGACAAUAGUUAUGUUGAAUAAUCUUUAUAUGUAAAAUAUGUGCGUGUGCGCAUUGAAUAUUGUUAUUUAGAUUGAUAAACUAAGCGUCGACAGAAAGAAGUAUAUAGUGGGCUACUGACGUUUUCCACACAACUCCAACAUAUUAUCUUUAAUCUUUCGUUGUAAUAGCAUUUUAAGAGCGAAAAGUGAUUUGAAAAAAAGACCGUAAAUUCCCGAUCGUUUUAUUUAAUAGAAAUAAAAUAUGAGCUUGUGAUUAAUUCCGUCAUAAAUUUCUUCAAUGAUUGAUUACAAUGGUAUUUUCCAGCAUCAAAUGAUCUAUUGUAAAUGCAGCCGAAAUGUUCAAUGCGCGCACUGAUGUUUUGAUUUCCAUAAAUCAUCGAUAAGUUUUAAUAAAGGUACGCUAUUCGUGCUAACUCGGUAAUAGUAAAAUAAAAUUGUAUACUUAAAAGAGCAUUUUAAUGGAAUCAUAACGAGAGUAAAAUAACAAUCAACUGUAUGCAAGAAAGACUGUUAAACAAUUAUACACACACCUCCAGUAUGAUUCUUACGAAUUUUCAUCUUGAUCUUUGCACAAACUCGGCUGUAUAUUGUAAUUUACCAAUAAAAUUUACAAUAAGUAUUCUCUAAUUUCAUAUAUUCGUCGGCGCUUAUUUUACUCUUGUUACGAAUACAAAAGGUUAAUGUGUUCUUUUAUAGUAUUUUUGCGAAUCAAGAGAAAUGAAAGAAUCAUUAUUCAUAAGAAUAAAAAAAUAAUGUCCCUGUAAAAUAAGCAGCAUAUGAGCGUAUGAGCUGUAAAAAACAGUUUUGAAAGCGUGAGUGUAAAGUCUGUUUUUGCGUAAUAUACGAUUUUUUUUCAAUUUACUGUAUUGACUUGUAAAUAUGCCGACUAAGUUAAAAAUAAGAUCGACGCAUUGCAAGAGUCGAUCGAAACUAGUUUUUAUGGUAAGCGAAGUUGAGACGAGCAUUUUUUGAAAAUUGACUUUAUUGCGGGAAUGAAUCUUAUAAUUCGCCGUAAACGUUGACUUUCGAUCCAAGUCUGUUCGUUUUGUAAUGUUGUAAAGGUUGUUAAACACAAAGAUUAUUGAUUUUUCUCGCAACUCGCUUUUGUCGAGAAAAAGAUAUAAUCUUUGAAAUUAAAAAAGAUUUAUGUAUAAAAAAACAAAUGUACAAUAAUACAGUGAUUAUUAAACAGACAAGAACGGAUAAGAAUUGUAUUAAUAUUAUAUUUAUUAUUAUUAUAAUACUAUUACUUAUGUAUCUUGCAACUUGCAACAUGGCAGAAUAAAUAUUGCUAUAUAUUUU